AUGUUUUCCAUGAGGAUCAUCUGCCUGGUCCUGAGUGUGCUGGGCACAGGAUGGACUGCAGAUACUGGUGAAGGUGACUUUAUAGCUGAAGGAGGUGGCGUGCGUGGCCCAAGAAUUGUAGAAAGACACCAAUCUGCCUGCAAAGAGACAGACUGGCCCUUCUGCUCUGAUGAAGACUGGAACCACAAAUGCCCUUCUGGCUGCAGGAUGAAAGGGUUGAUUGAUGAAGUCAAUCAAGAUUUUACAAACAGAAUAAAUAAGCUCAAAAAUUUACUAUUUGAUUAUCAGAAGAACAAUAAGGAUUCUAAUUCAUUGUCCAGGAAUAUAAUGGAAAUAUUGAGAGGGGACUUUGCUAAAGACAAUAACAAUGAUAAUACAUAUAACCAAGUGUCAGAAGAUCUGAGAAGCAAAAUUGAGGUCCUGAAGCGCAAAGUCAUAGAAAAAGUACAGCUUAUCCAGCUUCUGCAGAAGAAUGUCAGGGCUCAGCUAGUAGAUAUGAAACGACUGGAGGUGGACAUUGAUAUUAAGAUCCGAUCUUGCAAAGGGUCAUGCAGUAGGGCUUUAUCUCGUGAAGUAAAUCUAAAGGACUAUGAAGAUCAGCAGAAGCAACUUGAACAGGUCAUUGCCAAAGACUUACUUCCCUCUAGAGAUAGGCAAUACUUACCUCUGAUAAAAAUGAGCCCAGUUCCAGACUUGGUCCCUGGAGAGUUCAAGAGCCAGCUUCAGAAGGCCCCUCCAGAGUGGAGGGCAUUAACAGAAAUGCAGCAGAUGAGAAUGGUGUUAGAGAGGCCUGAUAGACCGGGGAAUGCCCCAGGAGACUCUACAUCUCAUGGAACAGGAAUAGAGACAGAAAGCCCCAGGAAACCUGGACCUGGAAGUUCUGGAAGUUGGAAUCCUGGCAGUUCCGGAUCUGGCAGUACUGCUGGAAGUUGGAAUCCUGGCAGCUCCGGAUCUGGCAGUACUGCUGGAAGUUGGAAUCCUGGCACCUCUGGAUCUGGCAGUACUGCUGGAAGUUGGAAUCCUGGCACCUCUGGAUCUGGCAGUACUGCUGGAAGUUGGAAUCCUGGCACCUCUGGAUCUGGCAGUACUGCUGGAAGUUGGAAUCCUGGCAGCUCUGGAUCUGGCAGUACUGCUGGAAGUUGGAAUCCUGGAAGCUCUGGAUCUGGUAGUACUGGAAGUUGGAGCUCUGGGAGCUCUGGGCCUGGAAGUUUUAGGCCAGAUAGCUCAGGCUAUGGAAACACUAGGCCUACCAACCCAGACUGGGGUGAAUUUGAAGAGGUAUCAGGAAGUGUAAGUUCAGGGACAAAGAAAGAGUACCACACAGGUAAACUGGUCACUUCUACAGGGGAUAAAGAGCUCUUGAUUGGUAAUGAGAGGGUAACCUCUAGUGGCAAACCCACCACACGUCAUUCAUGCUCUAAAGUCAUUACUAAGACUGUGAUAGGUGCUGAUGGUCGCAAAGAAGUGACCAAAGAAGUGGUGCAGUCUGAAGACGGCUCUGACUGUGGUGGUGCAGUCGAUUUAGGCACACUGGGUACUUUUUCUGACAUAGGUAGCCUGGAUGAUUUCCGCCGCAGGCACGCCGAUGAAGCUCUUUUCUUUGACACUGCCUCGACUGGAAAAACACUGUCAAGUGUACUCACACCUAUGUUCAAAGAGUUUGAUGGUAAGACCCACUCUAUGCACUCAGAAUCUGGCAUCUUCACCGACUUGGAAGACUCUCAUUACUUUGGUGUACCUGAGUUCCCUCCCGGUGGUAAAACUUCAAGUCACAGCAAACAAGUUGUAACUAGUACAACAACUUUCAGCAGAGGAGGCUCCGCACUUGCAUCCAAGAGCCGUAAAAUGGCAGAUGAGGCUGGAAGUGAAGGAGAUCUUGAAGACCUCACAGGAGGACAUACCACCAAAAGAGGCCAUGCUAAAUCACGCCCUUCCAGAGACUGUGAUGAUGUCCUCCAAACACACCCUUCAGGUGCCCAAAGUGGUAUUUUCAAUAUCAAGCUACCAGGAUCCAGUAGGAUUUUUUCUGUUUAUUGUGAUCAAGAGACCAGUUUGGGAGGAUGGCUUUUGAUCCAGCAAAGAACGGAUGGAUCACUGAAUUUUAACCGGACCUGGCAAGACUACAAGAAAGGUUUCGGAAGCCUGGAUAACGAGGGGGAAGGAGAAUUCUGGCUAGGCAAUGAAUAUCUUCAUUUACUAACCCAGAGAAGCUCUGUCCUUAGGAUUGAAUUGGAGGACUGGACUGGGAAAGAAGCUUAUGCAGAAUAUCACUUCCGGGUAGGCUCUGAAGCCGAAGGCUAUGCCCUGCAGGUCUCCUCCUAUGAGGGCACUGCCGGUGAUGCUCUGAUUGAGGGUUCUGUAGAGGAAGGGACAGAGUACACUUCUCACAAUAGCAUGCAGUUCAGCACCUUUGACAGGGAUGCAGACCACUGGGAAGAGAACUGUGCGGAAGUCUACGGAGGAGGAUGGUGGUACAACAACUGCCAAGCAGCCAAUCUCAAUGGCAUCUACUACCCUGGGGGCUCCUAUGACCCAAGAAACAACAGUCUUUAUGAGAUAGAGAAUGGAGUGGUCUGGGUCCCCUUUAGAGGAGCAGAUUAUUCCCUCAAGAUUGUUCGCAUGAAAGUCAGGCCCCUGGUGACCCGAUAG